AUCUAAAGGACGGUGAAGUCAAAUCAGAAGCUGAGAAAACACAAUAGACCCAACAAGUCAAUCUUUUCCGUAUUGUCGGCGCAAAUAUCCCUUACUGAAAAUUUUACAUAUCUUUACUCCUCCAGUGCUCUUUUUAUUCUUGGGCCUUCCCUCUCAGCUUUUCCUCUUGUUGCUAUCAAGAGUCAAAGAGUCACAGAGUCACAGACAAUCAUCAUAUUGCUUGCUGUAUUUCUUGCUUGACCAGAUACCCUUCCUAUCCAACAAAGAUAUCUUGUCCUCGCGCAAAGAUACUCAUAUAUCUUUUUUGACCCAAUUUACCCCUCUCACCCCCUCAUCGAUCCUUUGUGAUCCUAUCAUCAUACUCACAUUACCUUGCACACCAUGGCUGUGCAAGGCGGAGCGGAGGGAGAUGUGUACGCCACACUUCUCUUAAGCGACACAUAUCUACCUGGUGCCCUAGUGCUCGCGCAUUCUCUUCGAGAUGCUGGCACCACCAAGAAACUGGCCGUCCUGGUCACCUCGGAUACUGUUUCCACCGAAGUCAUAGCAGAGCUCAGGGCCUUGUAUGACUACGUCAUUCCAGUUGACCGAAUUCGCAACACGAAUCCUGCGAACCUACAUCUCAUGAACCGAGCCGACUUACACUCUGCCUAUACCAAAAUUAGCCUGUGGAAUCAGACUCAAUUCCGGAAGAUUGUGUAUAUCGAUGCUGAUGUAGUCGCCUAUCAUGCUCCCGAUGAGCUCUUUGAUCUUGAACAGCCGUUUUCGGCAGCUCCUGACAUUGGCUGGCCCGAUAUCUUCAACACGGGUGUCAUGGUUCUAACCCCGAACUCAGGCGAUUAUGAAGCUAUGAUCAAGAUGGCAGAAGAGAACUCCUCGUUCGACGGAGCUGACCAGGGUCUGAUCAACAUGCACUUCAAGAACAACUACAACCGCUUGAGCUUCACCUACAAUGUUACCCCAUCCGGUCACUACCAAUAUGUUCCGGCCUACCGUCACUUCCAGUCGGAUAUCAAGAUGGUUCAUUUCAUCGGUCCCGACAAGCCGUGGUUUAGAGGAAGACCCACUAGCAAUGGGGCCGAUGGGGGCUCCCCUCAUGACGCCAUGUCUGCAAAAUGGUGGGCCGUUUACGACCGACAUUAUCGAUCCUCUACCAACUCUGCCCGCAACGGGUCCGCCUCGGACUUGGUGCAGUAUCACACUAAGGGUGAAUAUUACCCGAAGGGUGCCCAGGGUAACUAUAGCUACCAAGGCUCUCAUGGAGGACAUGGCUAUCCCCAAUAUGUCCCUACUGGGGCAGUUUGGGAUGCUACGAGACACCCACCUCCAUUGAACUCUAAGCCGGAAGGUAUAAAUCUACCUUCUCGAGUCUACGAGAUGUCCCGUAUCUCUACCCCAUAUCUGGCUCCUAGCCGAUUUGUCGCUAGCCCCCCAACUAAGUACAUUUCUCGAGUAUCCCCCAAGGAAACUAGGAUGCUUCCUGCAGAGCUACCGAAAUCUACAUUCCCCUGGGAAGCUAACCGACCAGCACCAUCGCGCGUAUUUGCUGAGGACACUCCUCGAAGAAUGUCGAUUGCUUCUUCUGUUACUUCUACUACAGACACUAUCACAGUUGACCAGAGAAGCGGAACAGCUACGCCGGCCACGCCUGGGACACCCACCACGCCGCAAUGGUCCGCAUAUUCCAUGAAUAAUGCCUGGGACGAGGUACCUGAGAUUGACCGCUACGUCGAGAAGUUGCAAUUGCAUCAACGUAGACGGAGCUUCAAGUCUCCUGGCCCGCUAAGAGCACCCGGUAAGGAGGAAGAGGAUGAUGAGAUCACCUGGCGCCGACAAAAGCAAGGCAACAAGCUUAUCAGCUUCCCUACCGCGGCUGAGCGUCCCAGUCUCCCGGUUACUCCCGCGCCCCUUCUCCGACAAAACUUCUGGGGCGGUGACGAUAACCCUCUACUACCGGCUGCGGAGGCUAUGCCGGCACCGACUGAAUGGGUAUGUUCGCACGGGAUUCAAUGGUCUCCAGAAGACUGCCUUUGCGAUUUAACUAACGUACUACACUAUCAUAAGGACCCUGCCGCCCAGCUUCAGAAACUAGCUAGACAGCAGUCCGAGGUUUUGCAAAAGUUGGGAAACAGUGGCCGAGACAGCAGUGAUUUGCCUUCCAGGCCUCUACCAUAUGGGUCCGAGGACUUGGUUUCCCCAACCUUUGUUGCGCGGUCUGCCAAUGUCAUGAGCUCGUGGUCUGCCAAAGGCUUACCCCCGUUGGAAAUGCCCGCGUCCAGGCAAGGUGCUAAGAUAGCGGAGACGACGCCUACCCAGAUACCGAAGCCCAGUUACGCUGGCCCCGGUGCCGCAUUCGAGAAGGGCGAGAACAUCCCCAUGGAAGAAGCCCCCAUGGUAUAGUGCCCCUAACUCUUCUUGAGCCUGGGAACUUGCUGCUAUGGCGGAAGGGAAGGUAGUGGAGGAAAGGGCGUUGGGUGCUUUGAUGAUACUGUGGGAUGGAUGGGAUGGCUGGAAUGGGUGGACGACAUGGCAAGUAACAUAUUACUUGCUCUAGACACAAUACCUUCAUCCAGCAUCAAUGCUUUGGUUGUUGUCGGGUUGGAAUAUUACUCCAGCAUGCAGACACGCAACGGCGACUAUGUCUCCUUGGUGGCUCAACACCGAACAGGUGUUAGCUCAAGGUGGCUCAUGUUGGAGCCUUGGUUCGUUUUUCUUGUUUUUCGUUCUUGAAUACCUUAUGCAGAAUUUGUGUGGCUACUACACUCUAGAACACCGUCUCAUUUGUCUCCCUUUUUUUAUUCGAUCAUGACAGCCUUUGGCACAAUGCUGCAUUUACACCAACAUUGCAUGUUUUCAAAAGCAGAGAGGUUUUGCUACACAUAUUGCAACAUGUGCAUUUGCAACCGCAUACCAGCCAGCAUGAAGCGGGCAUCAUUAUUUUCAUUUGAUUUUCUUCGGUUUUUAUUUAUACCUAUACCUACUACACUCGGGUAAUUCUGGAGAAGGAUUUGCCCGUACGAUUUUGUACGUAUUGAUGCCUAUAUAUGUGGUUAAAAGUUUGGGAGGAGAGGAUAUUAUUUGGACAUUGCAGAAUAUAUAUAUUGACAUGGGCCUCACGAGUUUGUUGAGAA